AUGACAACAAUCAUCAUCACCAUGGCCAGAGAGCGCUUUGGCACAGAAGAGAGAAAGGGCAGCAGCGGAACCAAGGUAAAUCAGCCAAGCAGGAGGGCAAGAGAUAUCUUGCAAUUGAGGAGGGAUAUCAAGACCCUCAACAAGCAGUUCAGAACAGCAGGUGCUGAAGAAAGGAAGGGCAUUAAAGAUCUAACCAAUGGACUUCGAGAGCAACUCUGCAGACUGAGAAGGGCAGAAAGGUCUCUGAAACUGAGGAAGGAGAAGGAGGCCAAGCGGGCUCAGUUUUUUAAGGACCCGUACAGGUUUACCAAAAACCUGCUGGGGGAAGCAAGCCCUAAGGAAGUUGUGGAGGAGUUCCUUAAGGAGAGCCACAGUGACGCCCUCAGGAACCAAGCCUGUGGUGCACACCCAAAGAUCAACAGAACUGCUGAAACUCCGGAGGAAGAGCUUGAUACCAGUGAACCAACUUGGAGAGAAGUCCAGGACAUUGUACAGAAAGCCCGUUCAGCAUCUGCCCCAGGACCAAGCGGUAUACCUUAUAAUGUAUACAAGAGAUGCCCGAUGCUCCUCCGCAGGUUAUGGAAACUGUUGCAAAGGAUAUGGACAAAAGGUAUCAUUCCAGCAUCCUGGAAAAGAGCAGAGGGGUGUUUUGUACCCAAGGAAAUGGACUCCUCCAACAUUUUCCUCCUAAGUGUCGAAUGCAAGGUAUUCUUCUCUGUCCUGGCAAAGAGGAUGACUACCUACAUGGUGAAGAACAGAUAUGUCAACACAUCAGUCCAGAAGGGCGGCAUUCCAGGCUUCUCCGGGUGCUUGGAACAUACAGGCAUCCUCAACCAGCUGAUCCGGGAGGCCAAGGAGAGCAAAGGAAACCUAACGGUUGUCUGGCUCGACCUUAACGCAUAUGGUUCAAUCCCGCAUGGCCUCAUCAACACGGCUAUGGAACACUACCAUAUCCCCCACCACACCAGGGCAAGAUGGAUCCUGAAGGCUCUAGAUGACGUGGCAACAUGGGCUCGGAUGAAGUUCAAACCAAGGAAAUCAAGAAGCAUGGUGAUCAGAAGUGUGAAAGUGACCAGCAAGUUCCAGCUAUGCAGCAUUACCAGGACAGAGAAACAGGCACAUGCAUGGCUGAGUAAGAUCGAGGUGUCAGGACUACCAGGAAAGUUCAAGGCCUGGCUCUUCCAGCACGGCCUGCUACCACGGCUCAUGUGGCUACUGACAAUCUACGAAGUACCUAUGACAGCAGUGGAAGGAGUCGAGAGGCGAGUGAACAAACACCUUCGCAAGUGGCUCGGAAUCCCACCAAGCUUCACGUCAGUAGGGCUAUUCACCAGGUCUGGUCAGGUACAACUACCCCUAUCAUCAGUGGUGGAAGAGUUCAAGGUGGCAAAGUGCCGGGUCGUGAUGAUGUACCAAGACUCCACUGAUGAAAAAGUCAGAAGAGCAGGCGUCACUACGAGAUCAGGACAGAAAUGGGCAGCUGACACAUCAGUGGCACAAGCUGAAAGCUCAUUGAAGUUUAAGGACAUCAUCGGGAACCCAUGCGUAGGGUGGCAAGGACUUGGAUCCUCCCACUUCAAGCAGUGGGGAAAGGCAGACCCAAGGCAGACGAGGGACAUGAUCCAAGGCGAGGUCCGAAACCCGGAGGAAGAAAAGUGCAGGUCUAGGGCCGUUGAACUUAGAGUACAAGGCGCCUGGACAAAGUGGGACCUGCCGAAGCGGAAGAUCACGUGGCCUGAGAUCUGGAGACUGGAGCCCUUUCGCAUCUCCUUCCUUCUCCGUUCAGUGUACGACACCCUUCCAUCACCAACAAACCUCCACAGAUGGGGAAUGAGGGAGGACCCAUUGUGUAGGCUAUGCGGAGGGAGGGGAGCAAUGGUGCACAUACUGGCAGGAUGCAAAACAGCUCUUAGCCAAGGAAGAUACAGGUGGCGCCAUGACAAGGUUCUCAGUGCGCUGGCUGACAUCUUGGAGCAGGAGAGGCAGAAAAAGCGCCAGACCAGUACAAGGCCGGCAACAUCCAUUCAGUUCAUCAGAGAAGGGGAGAAACCAACAGUCCCCAAGAAGACCAAAAAGAGCCUCUUGCAAGCAGCACAAUCCUGGGAGAUGGUGGACCUGGGAAGGAAACUAGUCUUCCCCCAGGUUGUGCAAACACCGCUGUGGUCUUAUGGUCUGAGGAGGCAGAGGAAGAGGAGGAGGAGGAAGAUCAUCUUGAUUGAACUGACGGUCCCGUGGGAAGAUGGGUGCGAGGAGACCUAUGAAAGCCAUCAAGUAUCAGGACCUCGUUGA